AUGCUAGACCUACAAACUAAUUCGAACGGCAAUAAAAAGGGAAUGAAUAAGGUUGAAGAAAAAAAUAUGAAUAAGAAGUGGAAUAUGAUGGGAGAUAAUGAAAAUAACGAGAAUUUAAAGAACAGCUAUAAUAAUGAAGAUGACGAAUAUAUGGAAGCUGAACAAGAAGAAUCCAAAAUAAUUAAUAAGAUGGAUACUUAUAUGAAUUAUUCUGACCAGAGGACUCAGUUAUAUCCUAUGAGUAGAACUACAACACCUAAUGUAAUAAAUAGUAUAAGUAUGGAGAGUAUGAAUGACGGAGUUAUAUAUCCUAAUAUUUCUAAGAAUGGAGUUGUGGGUAAUGAGGAAUUAUUGAAUAAUUCUGAUAUGAAAGGAUUGAUAAGUGAAGAUAAUAAUAAUGAUGAUAGUAAUAAUGACAAUACAGACAACACAGACAAUAUUGAAAAUAUUGAAAAUAUUGAUGAUGAAGAUAAUAAUAAUAAUAAUAAUAAUAUAUAUGGUGAACAAGAUGUAGAUGAAUAUGAAAAGACUCAUCAUGUCAGUCAUUUAAAAGAUAAUGGAAAAUAUUCAAACAGUGACGAUGUUGACAUGGGAGGAUAUGAAUCUGCUAAUGUUGAAUUUGAAGUGAAUGAAAAGAGAUUAAAUCAUCAAGAAAGUGAUGAAAAAAUAAAUAAUAAUAUGAGGCAUAUGAAUGAUUGUGAUAAUUAUUUAGAUGAAGAUCCAGGACAUUAUGAAGAAGAUGAAAAUUGUAAGAAUGAAAAAUUAAAUGAGAAUAAUAAUAAUUUAUAUUUGAAUUGUAACAGUGAGAGUUAUGAAGAAAAUAAUUUGAUGAAAAAAAAAGAUGUUAGUUCAAAUACAUUAUUAUAUAAAGAUGAUAUGAUAGGUGGUGUUUAUAAUAAGAAAAAUGAAAAAACAUCUGAAUUUUAUGAGAAUCAUCAAUCAGAUUGUAAUAAUAACAAUGCAAGCACUUACUUAGAUAGAAUGUGUGAUGAAGAAGUAGAAGAAGAUGUUGAAGUAGAAGAUGAUAAUAAUGAUGGUAGUAAGAAUAAAUAUAAUAUGAAUUGUAAUAAAAAUAAUUCAAGUGCAUAUAAAGAAGAUGUAAUAAAGUCACUAAAUUGUCAAUAUAAAGAGGAAGAAGAUGAUGAAUAUCGAGAUAAUGAUUAUAAUGAUGAUAUGAAUAAUGAGAAUAUAAAAAAUACAUUAUUAAAAGAAUUAUUGAUUGCAAACAAAAAUGCAUCUAUGGAUCCUCAUGACAUUGGAGUUCAUUCUGGAUGUGGCAGUAAUAAGAAUAAGGCUUUUUCAGCCAUAAUAGAUAAUUUAUUAAAUUUAAAGGAUGAUGAUGAAUUUGGAAUGAAAUUGAAUAAAUUAUUAAAAAAUGAAAAGAGUGAUAUAGAAAAUAAUAAUAAUAAUAAUAAUAAUACCCAUAGUGGUAGUAGUAAUUAUUAUCAUUGUAUGAAUACAGGAGUUAGUAAGAAAAAAAGUAUGAAUGUAAAAGGUCAUGUAACCAAAAAUAGUAAUGAUUCUUUUGAGAAUUUAAAAAAGUUAAAAGUUCUUUGUGUAGAUUAUUUAAGAAUAUUGAAACGAUUAACACCUUUAUGGGGUUCAACUGAUAGAACCUUUGAAUCUCAUUAUGUAAACUUAUUAAAUAAUGUAAAUUCUAAUACUUUAGAUAAUUAUUUGUGUUGUUUUUCGAACAUUAAGAUAUGUUCAGUGAAGAGUGUUUUUUUGGAUUCUAUAAUGGAAUGUAUAGAAGAGUUAGAGAUUAUUAAGAAAUUUAAAAUGUCUAAAGAGAAGGAAGAUUGUGUAGAUGAUAAGGAUAUGAAUGAUAAGGAUGAAUUAAAUAAGAAGAUAUUAGAAGAUAUAGAAAAGAAUUUGACAAAGGAGAUUGUUGAAGAUAUAUUUCAAUUGAAUAUGAGAAAUCCAUACAUUAUGAACAGUCAUGGAAACAGCAACACACAUAAUAAUAAUAAUAAUAAUAAUAGUGGUAGUAGUAAUAGUAGUAAUAAUAAUAGUAGUAGUAAUAGUAGCAGUAGUAGUCAUAACAACAACAAUAAUAAUAAUAAUAAUAAUAAUAGUGUGUCAUGUUCAGAUGGAGAGUCACAGUAUCAUCAACAUGGAGAUAAUAACAAGUUAAGUGCACAUAAUUUAUUAUAUAACAUGAAUGGAAAGCAUAAUAGUAGUACAUGUAAUAAUGCUUUUAAUGGUUAUUAUGAUUUAAAAAAAGGAAAGGAUUAUCAACAUAAUAAUAUAUGUGGAAACAAUAGAAAUUCAUGUAAUUUAUCUAGUUCUCAAAAUAAUCAUACUUGUGGUACUAACCAUGAUAAUAAUUAUACAAGCUGUGGUAAUAAUACAUCUAAUGUAAAUUAUUCUAAUAUAUUUCCUUUUAAUUGUUUGAAUGGUAAUAAAAAUGGUAUUUCAUUAAAUAAUAAUGGAAAUGCAAAUGCUACAACAUUAGUAAAUAAUAAUAAUAAUAGUAACAAUAAUAAUAAUAGUGGUGGUGCAAAUAAUAAUUAUUCUGGAGUCUCUUCAGGUGCCUGCCAUAAAAAAAGUUGUAAUUAUUCUGAUGAAAAUAUUUUGAAUAAAUUAAAUGUAAGUAUAGACUACAGUUCAUAUGCCGAUUUUAAUAAUAAUUAUAUUCAAGAAGCAGAAAAGGUAGUAGAAAAAUAUAAAAACUUGAGCAAACUAAAUUCUAAGGAUAGUGAUAAUAUGUAUAGUACCUGUAGCCAUUCUAGUGUUCAGGAUAAUAUUAGCAAUUCUAAUUUGAAUACUUAUUUACAAUUAAAAAUGCUUAUGUCUGAAUAUGCAAAUACAUGUGCAAAGAAUGAUAAAAUGAAACUAAAGGAUUUAGAUAGCAGCCUGGGUGAUAUGAAUAUAAUUAAGUAUCUAUGUUCGCAAUUAAAUGGCGGUUCUCUCUUAGAGGAUAAGAACAUUUCGGAGAUGUUCCAACUUGAUGGAGAAUCGAAGGAUGCCAAAAAUUAUUAUGAUAAUAAGAUGAAGAUGGAAUGCUCUAGUACUAACGAUAUAAAUAAAUUUUUGCAAGAUUAUAAGUUGAAUGAUGAUGAUAAUUAUGAAGAUAGAGAGGGAUACACCAAGUAUGACAGAGAACAGGGAUUAUUGUUGAAUGGUAAUGAAAAUAAUAUGAAUUACUUAUCAAGUAGUAUACAAAAUAUGAUGAGGAAAAGAAAAUAUUAUGAUAAUUACAUAUUAACCAACAAUAAUAAUAAUAAUAGUAAUAAUAAUAAUAAUAAUAAUAAUGGUAAUAAUAAUAAUAGUAAUAAUAUGAAUAAUAAUUCCCUUUCUGAUUUAAAUUAUUUAUUAUACAAUACAAAUGUUCUUAAGAAAUUAAAAAUGAAUUUACUAGAAAAUAAGAAAGGUAACAAUAUAAAUAGUGCACAUAAUGGGUUACAUAAUAUGAAUGGCAGUAGUAGUAGUAGUAGUCUUGUUGCGUCUGGAGUUAUAGGUCCUAAUGAGUAUCGAAAGAAAGAUACUAAUGAUAUAUAUAUGGAUGAGAAUAAUGGUGUAUCUGGUCACAUGACUACAAGAAAGGCUUAUGCAUCUAAUAAGAAUAAUAUAUUAAAUAACAUAAAGAAUUUUAAGGAUAUAUUGAAUUUAUCUCAAGAAAGUUUAAAUAAAAAAGGUUUGGGUGGAAAUACAUAUAAGAAUUCAUUUGAUCAUAUAAAUCCUAGUACUUUAUAUGAUUUUAUAUUAAGCACAAAUAAUGCGAAUAAUAUAAUGGAGAAUUCUUUACAUUUAGGAAGUAAUAAUAAUAAUAAUAUGAUGAUGAAUCAUAUAGGUAGUAAUAAUAGUAGUAUAAAUAAUAGUAAUCAUAACAAUAGUAAUGGAUUACACAAUAAUGGUUAUCACAAUGUUAAUAAUAAUAAUAAUAUGAAUAAGAAAAAUAGUUAUGAUUAUAAUACGGACUAUAAUUCUAAAGUUAGUAUGAAUGAUUCUGAAUUGUCUUUAAAUAAUCAUGAUGGUAAUAAUGAUUUGAUAAUAAAUAAUAAUAUACUUGGAGGAAAGAAUCUUAGCAACAAUAAGAUGAUGGCAGAUGGGUUAAUGGGUUAUAAAAAGGGUGAUAUGAAUAAUAAGAAUUUAUCUCUCCAUAAUAAUAAUCCAAACAAUAAUAAUAAUAAUAAUAAUAAUAAUAAUAGUGGUAAUAAUAAUAAUAAUAGUAGUAGUGGUAAUAAUAAGAAUACGAAGAAUAUUAAAAAUAAUACAAAUAGUACAAACAACACAAAUACUACAAGUAGUAGUAACAACAAUAAUAAUGGAUCAAGCAAUAAUUAUGGAGGUGGUAAAUUAAAAUAUGAAAUGCCUGCAGGAGUAAAUCCAAAUGACGAUAAAGUCAAAGGAGUAUACUUUUCUAAGUCUCCUAGAGGAGUUGGUAAGUGGAAUGCAUACUUCCAAAUAGCUAACAAUAAAAGAUUAUUUACAAGUUUUAGUGUUAGUAAAUAUGGAUAUAAUGAAGCAAGGAAAUUAUCUAUAUUGAAAAGAACUGAGUGGGAGAAGGAGUAUAAACAUCAUACUGAUUUGAAGAAUUCUGAUGGAAAGAAAGGAAAGAAAAAAGCAAAUAGUGUAGUUGCAACAACAUCUAGUAGUAGUAAUUUAAUUAAAAAUAAUAAUAAUAAUCAUCAUCAUCAUAAUCAUCAUAAUACUAAAAAUAUAUCUAAAGGGAAUUCAAAUAGUAGUGAUGGAUCUAUAACAUAUUCAAAAGAUAAUAAAUUGAAAGAUGAUGGUUUAUUAUAUUCAAAUGAUGAUGAAGAUGAAGAUGAUAAUUGUUAUAUUAAUAACAAUAAAAUGAAUCACAUAAAUAAAAAUAACAACAAUAAUAGUGUUCUCUCAGGAAUGUUGGAUUUAUCAAAUGAUUUACUGGAUCAUCAUUUGACAGGUACAAACAAAAAGAAAUUAAAUAAAUUGAAUAAUAUAUCAUCUAAUCAUGAUUAUAUUAAAGUAGAAGAUAAUAUGAAUUUUUUUAUUGAACGUCCAAAAAAUGAUAACAUAGAUACAUUUAAUACAGUAGAUUUGUUACGUUCAAGUUUGGCAGGUGAAAAAGUAAAUUCGAAGAAGGGUCACAUGAACAACAACAACAAUAAUAAUAGUAAUAGUAAUAAUAAUAAUAAUCAUUUUUCUUCAAAUUCAUUAGGACAAGCAGCUAUUAACGCAUAUAAUAAUGUCAUGGAUAGUAACAAGCAAUCAUCUAUAAAUGCUUCAAGAAUUUUAUCUAACACAUUAGGAAUAUCAAAUAAGUACAUCAGAAAUUUACAUUUCCCAUCUAUAGAUUCUCACACCGUGAGUAACUUCUUAGAUGCAGUAGCGGAUGAUCAAAAGAUAUCUUCGUAA